AGCGUUCUAUCGUUGUUGAAACAAUGUCGGCCCCUAACGCUAUUGUGCCCGAACGGAAGAAGGUUCGUGGUUAUCUGGAUGGUUGUUUUGACAUCAUGCAUAGCGGUCAUUAUAGCGCCAUGAGGCAGGCUAAGGCCCAAUGUGACAUUCUUGUCGUCGGUGUUUAUGCCGACAAAGAUAUCGUGCCUGACAAGGCGUUACCAGUGAUGAAACAAGAGGAGAGAUAUUCAUUUUUGAAGCAUCUGAAGUGGGUUGAUGAAGUCCUGUAUGGAGUGCCUGUAGUGCCGACUAAGGCAUUCUUGGAUUCUAUUGGGGUCGACUUUUGCAUUCACGGCGAUAACAUGCCAGUGAAUGGUAAGGGAAGAUGUGCCUAUGACGACCUUAGAGAUGCUGGUAGACUUCGUGUUAUCAAACGCGUAGACUGCGUUACCGUGACUGAUCUCGUAGGAAGACUCAUGGUUCAAACUAGGGACCAUCUGACUGGUCCCAGGAUAGAUGAUGGUCUCGACAUUCACACACGACAGAUGUUGACACCCGGGAGUCCCAUUUGUCGCGUCACCGAUCUCGCUACCAACAGCAUCGUGUCUAGCCCACGCAUAAUCUCUACUUCUCCUACGAGCAGUCGCAAGAUUCUCAUAACGAACAUGGCCAAGCGCAUCUCGGAAUUUGCCUCACGCAAGACUCCAACAGCUGAUGAUGUCAUUGUUUAUAUUGAUGGGGCAUUCGACAUGUUCAAUGCGGGCCAUGCUUCCACUCUUGAGAAGGCCAAGGCUUAUGGAACGUACCUCAUUGUGGGCGUCUUCGACGAUCGUACUGUCAAUGAGAUGAAGGGCUGCAACUAUCCUGUCAUGAAUCUAGGCGAGAGGGUUCUCAAUGUCUGCGCCUGUAAGCAUGUCGAUGAUGUUGUUAUUGCAGCACCUUUGGAGGCUACUGAGGACUUCCUCAGGACCAUCAAUGCCAAUCUCGUUGUGCAAGGAUCCAAGACUCUCCACCCAUCAGCUGGAGUGCCCUGUGAUGAGCGCGGAGUCCAUCAGAAGAAUGAUGUGCCCAAGAGGUUAGGUAUAUUCAAGGAGGUCGUCAGUGACUACCCUGCUCUUACCGUUACCACUAUUGCUGAGAGGAUUGCUCGCAAUAGGAUGCAAUACAUCGCAGAACGACGCGAAAGAUCAAAGUCGAUGCAGUAGAUUCCACGCCAACGACGAGGCCAAUCGCUAUUUUGAUCUCCACCUCACUCGCUCAAGCUCAAGUGUUAUAACCAUAAUCGCUCACCAUAUUAGAGAAAAAUUUUGAGAAAUCAUGAUAGAUGUGUAGACCGCUUUUC